AUGUUCAAGUUUACUACCCGUUUAUUAUCUACAAGUCGUCUAUUGCUCAGUCAAGCUGGAGAAUCCACGUCAAGUGUAUCAGCAACAAUUCCUCGUUUCCAUGUGAAAUUUGGGGCCAAACAGUUCAUUGAACCUGGUACCAAUAAACGUAGAGCCAAAAGAUUGAGAAGAAAAGAAUCAAGAAUCAAGAAACAAAUCAUUCGUGAUGUAAACACUUUGAAACAACACGAAGUCAAAAAUGUCCCACUUAAGGUAGAUCCAGUUUUGGGAGAUCCAAACUGCGGAUUUGUUGAUAGAAUCAUGAAGAAAGUUGAGAACCAAGAGCUAACUUUAGCUUAUGGAAUUGACAGAGUGGAAUUUGAAAAACUUUUGUAUGCAGCUGAGAAGUUGUCACUUGAAAAUGCAUCCAAGAACGAAGCUUUACGAGAAUCCGUCAUCCAAACAGAAGAAAACAAAAGAAAAGCCGUUAUGACCAUUCUUAAUUUAAAAAACACCAACGUACCCGACAAAAAGAAAAUGGCAAUAAAGUUUGCUCGUGAAGAAAUGCAAAGAAGUCCUGGUGAUACAGCUUCCCCAGAAGUCCAAGCUGCAGUAGCCACCAUCAAAAUACAUUAUGGUAUGCAACAAGUUAAAAAUAUGCCAAAAGAUAAAAUAAAUAUUCAAGGAGUGAGAAAGUUGGUUCAAUAUAGACAAACUAUUUUGAAAUAUUUGAAAAGAAAAAACCCUGAACUGUAUUAUUAUACGAUAGCAAAAUUAGGAUUGACCGAUGAUGUUAUAGUUCGUGAAUUCAACAUGGGCAAACAAUACAUGCAAGACUUUAAGGUCUGGGGUGACAAGGUUUUGGUCAAGGAGACCAACAGUGUUGCUAAGAAAAACAAGAAGAUUAAGGAUCUUAAAGAUAGAGUGGCCAAGUAUAAUGAAUUGGCAAAGAAGAAUUACGAGAUUUUGUACGGUACUAAGUAG